AUGGUAAAACCAACAUCUCUGCCCAUCUCCAUCGUUGUUUCAAUUUCUCUAGAGGUGGAGUUUAAUGAAGUUGUCGGAUUUGACCUUGAUUUCGAUUUUUAUCUCCAGGAGAUCAAAACCGAAAAGCUAAUCGUUAAAAAAAGCAUCAAUAGCAGACCAACGACUUUGGAUUCGACUGUUAUCAAUUAUUUGAGCUGGUUUUUGGGUGAGAAUAAUGAAUACGUUCGGACCUUCAAGACUGCAAAGCAGAUAGCUGAAGGAAUGGAUUUGGAAUCGUAUGGUGUCCGACUAUUCAAUGACAUUCAGGACCGUAGAUAUGACUUACCUUUACCUGGGUCGGUGUAUGGUAAUCCACAGCACUUUAUCACCUUUACAUGCAACGUUAAAUGGCCAGAGAUCACCCAGUAUAUGGAUACACAUCACCAAACCGAUAUGCAUAGUAGAGCAGACAUAAUUGGUCGAGUGUUCAAUAUAAAAGUUCGUGAGUUCAUCCGGUUUCUUAAAGAGGAUAAAACCUUUGGCGAUGUUGAAGCAUGUGUGAUAUUGGAAUGAUACUAUUAUAUGAUGUAAUAAUAUUAUUUUCCAUAGAAGAAACCACAUUUUGAUUUUGUUUUUUUAUGUGUACAAAUGUUACCUUUUUUUGUCACUGUAUGUAUUUUCUUUACAUUGAGAUUCCUUAGUUCCAAGUUUAAUUAUUGUAAGCAUAAUUUUUUUUUCCCUUUUUUAAUUUUAACUGUAUCUACACAGAUCACAUGCACUUUUAUUCUGUAUAUGUUGUUCUCAAAUUACCCAUUGGUUAAAAAAAAUUAAUUUUGUUGCCAUUACCCA